UCCUGGUGCUUUUCUCUUGCUGCUGCUGCCGAUGUUCUUCCUCAACACGGUUUCUGCUGGGAAAGUGUUAGUUUGGCCGGCAGAUGCCAGUCACUUUUUGAAUCUGAAAAUCAUCCUGGAGGAACUGUCACAUAAAGGCCACGAUGUUACUGUGUUAGCUCACUCGGCCAUUAUGAUCAUGGGCACUGGGAGUGUCUCGUCUUUCAAAUUUGAAAAUUUCUCGGUUCCAUUUACAAAGGAGAAGAGUGAAAAGUUUUUGGAAGAUUUUUUAUCUUUUUGGAUUUAUGAUGUGCCAAAAAUUUCUUAUUGGGAGUUUUAUGAACAGGUUAAGAUGUUCAUGGGAGAACAGUUCAGAGUGGUGGAACAAGCGUGUAGUGGGAUAGUAAAGAAUGAAACGCUGUUAAAAAAACUGAAAGAGAAGAAGUUUGAUGUUCUGAUUUCAGACCCAUUGACAAUGUGUGGAGAACUUAUUGCCGAGCUUCUUGGAGUGCCCUUUGUCUACUCCUUUAGGUUCUCAGUGGGCAACUCAAUGGAAAGACUAUGUGGACAACUGCCAUCACCAUUUUCUUAUGUCCCUGGCUCUAUGGUGGAACUUACUGACAAAAUGUCUUUUUUGGAAAGACUACAUAAUAUGAACUUUUACAUAUUCCAAGAUAUCUUUUUCCAUAUACUGUUUGCAGGACACUGGGAUGGUUACUUCACAUGGCCCACUGAUGGUAGCCAUUUUAUGAAUCUAAAUACCAUCCUCGAGAUACUGGCGCACAAAGGCCAUGAGGUUACUAUGCUGGUUCCUUCGGCCAAUUUGAUCAUGGACACUAAUAAAACAUCGGCUUUAAAGUUUGAAGUGUUUACAGUUUCAUUUACCAAAGAGAGAAAUGAAGAACUACUGGAGGAGUUCCUGCGUAUAUGGAUUUAUGACCUGCCUAAUAUGUCCUAUUGGGAAUUCUUUACAUCUAUGAAUAAGGCCAUGGCAGACAGUUUGGAGAUUCAACAACUAGUGUGUGAUGGGAUUACAAAGAACAAGGCUCUACUGAAUAAACUAAAGGAGGAAAAGUUCGACAUCUUGGUAGCUGAUCCCUUGGCUCCAUGUGGUGAACUUAUUGCUGAGAUCAUUGGAGUCCCCUUCAUCUAUUCCUUUAGGUUUUCAAUAGGUAAUGUGAUAGAGAGAAACUGCGGUCACAUCCCAACACCAUAUUCUUAUGUACCCGGGACAAUGAAUCAAUUCACUGAUAAAAUGUCUUUUGUCGAAAGAUUGAAGAAUACGAUUUAUUAUUUAUUUCAUGAUGCUUUAUUCUUUUUUGUUCUUUCACCGCAUUGGAAUCAAUACUACAGUGAGACAAUUGGUCGGCCAACAACACUGUGUGAAAUUAUGGGAAAAGCUGAAAUUUGGCUCAUUCGGACUUAUUGGGAUUUUGAGUAUCCACGACCACUCCUUCCUAACUUUGAGUUUGUAGGAGGCUUGCACUGUAAACCAGCAAAGCCUUUGCCAGAGGAUAUGGAAAAAAUUGCGCAAAGCUCAGGAGAACACGGUAUCGUUGUAUUUUCACUUGGCUCUAUGGUGAAAAAUCUGACAGAUGAAAGAAGUAAUGUGAUCGCUUCUGCUCUCAGCCAGUUGCCACAGAAGGUGAUCUGGAGAUACAGUGGCAAAAGACCAGAUACAUUAGGGGAGAACACAGUGCUGUAUGACUGGAUACCACAGAAUGAUCUCCUGGGUCAUCCAAAGACCAAAGCAUUUAUUACACAUGGAGGAACUAAUGGGAUUUAUGAAGCCAUCUACCAUGGAGUGCCUAUGGUCGGAAUUCCCCUAUUUGCGGAUCAGCCAGAUAAUAUUAUUCAUAUGAAGUCAAAAGGCAUGGCAGUUAUGCUAGACAUCAACAAGAUGCAGAGCAAGGAUUUAGUGGAUGCGGUCAACACAGUUAUCAACAACCCAAGUUAUAAAGAAAAUGCCUUGAGGAUAUCACAGAUUCAUCAUGACCAGCCAGUUAAACCACUAGAUAGAGCUGUUUUUUGGAUAGAGUUUGUCAUGCGCCACAAGGGAGCAAAGCAUCUACGUCCAGCAGCUCACAAUCUAACCUGGUACCAGUACCACUGUUUGGAUGUCAUCGGUUUCCUACUUGUCUGCCUCUUCAUUAUUCUCUAUAUUACCACAAAAAUCUUCUUAUUUUGCUGCAGAAUAUGCCGUCCAGCCAGGAGAAAGCAGAAAAAACAUUAGCAAAAUGAAUUUACCUCCCUGUGUGCCUUAACCAGGUUUACAUAUGUCCAAACGUUGGAUCUAUUGUACCAUACAGAGCCAAAUUGGCUGGAAUGGGGUACAACACUGGAACCCAUCCAGCAUAGUUGCCCUCCAGCAUGGUUGUGCUGGGUUAAAAAAAAAAUCCAUGUAAUGGUUUUUGACCAGGUGUAACCACACUAGAUCGCAACUAUGCUGGCCUUAGUGGUGUCAAGUAAGUUAAAGGGGUUAUCCAGGAAAAAAAAACUUUUUUAUAUAUAUAUAUCAACUGGCUCCAGAAAGUUA